AUGCUCGCGGACUCUUUCAUUAAGGCCCAUGCAGGGGCCAAGAAGGUCCAGGCCCGGAAUGCGGACAUAUUCAGGAUUUUGCAAGGAGAAUUUGAGUUGCUGUGUGAGUUCGUGACUAGGUUCCAGAAAGAAAGGAUGCUACUACCGGUUGUGCCAUAUGAAUGGGUGGCUGAGGCGUUUACUAAAGGGUUGAACCCUCGGAGCUCCGACGCCUUUCGAAAACUGAAAGAAAGCCUGCUCAAGUUCCAGGCAACUAUAUGGGUAGAUGUCCAUAACCGUUACGAAUCAAAGAUAAGAAUAGAAAAUGAUCAGCUCGGGUUCUCGGCAUCAACUGAGGGUCGGGAUCGAGAAAAGAAUAGGGAUAAGUUAAAGGAUGAUUUUGACAGGGAUCCUAAUCUAUGGUGCCAGUAUCAUGGGACUAACGACUACCGGACUGUGGACUGCCAAAAUCUAUGCGAGGAUGUGGCAACGUUGUUGAAAAAUGGCCAUCUCAGAGAGUUCUUAAGCGACUGGGCUAAAAACAAUUACAGCUACAGCCAGGACAAUGCAGAGCCCUCGAAGAUAGGUGAAGACUCUCUCCUGCAAAACAUCAACAUGAUUUUCGGGGGAAACGAGAUCAAUGGUGUAACCUUCUCGGUAGAAAAAAUGAUAAAAGUAUCGGUGGCUCAUAGCAAGAGACUCCGGACAGUCGCCGAGGACGACAUCACCUUCACAGAAGAGGACGCCGAUGGAAUUCUAGUGCCGCACAACGGUGCCCUGGUAAUUUCUCUUAACAUUCUAGAUUUUAAAAUUAAACGUAUUUUGGUGGACCCAGAAAGUUCAACCAACAUUAUUCAAUGGAUGGUGCUGGAGCAAGCCAAGCUAACCGGAAGUAUCAUUCCGGCAACAAAACUCCUCGCCGGGUUCAACUUAGCAAGUGUGACCACCCGAGGGGAGAUUUUGCUGCCCAAUAAUGCCGGAUGGGUCAUGAAGACUACCUUAUUUGAUGUAUUAGACAGGGAAAUGGGUUACAACAUAAUUCUUUGCAGAACAUGGCUACAUGAGAUGAAGGUUCAUUUCUCGGUCCUCGGAAAAAUGCCAUCACUUCUUCUCACUUCUGAAGAAAAAAACAACUUCGAGCGAACUCCAGAAUGUCAACGGGCUCUAAAAGACUUGAAACAGUAUCUAUCAAGCCCUCCGUUACUAUCAAAAUCGGAGGAAGGCAAACAGUUGCUAAUAUACUUAGCGGUCUUGGAGAUAGCGGACUUGAACUGGCCGGGGGGACUAGACUCCGAGGUCAUUGAAAUCAAAUGUGAUUCCCAACUGGUGGUAAAUCAAGUAUAUGGAAUCUUCGACACCAAGGAGGAAUGCAUGCAACAAUAUGUGCUGAAAGUUAUGGUUCAGGGAAUGGUCCAUCACCCACAUCCCGAGAGAAGAAAAUGCAGAAGCAGAUGCAUUGGCCAAUUUGGGCUCGUCCAAGAAAAAUGA